AUAAUCGAGCGUAACUCGUUUUACAUGGUUAGAUUAUUGGAAUGUGUUUUUAAAUCUGUUACAUUCUUGUGUAGUCUUGGCCGUUGGUGUACUCCCUCGAUUACCCCCAACACCCACAGCGGAAAAAAAACGCAGCGAAAGGUCGUCGCACCAUAAUGGGUCACAACAAAGGAAGCCAGUUUAGCUGAGCUUCACUGGGGGGUUUGAUUCUCCAGCCCCAUUUAUUCAUUUUACAAGAUGGUGACGAAUCGCAAAACUCAUUGCACGAUAAGGUCAUGCAAACCGAGUUUCCACGUUUAACACGUCCGCCACGUUUUUUAGUUUUGGGACGGCCAGUUUUCUACUAGGCGGCGGCGUGCUUGCGUGUGUGUGUGUGUGUGUGAUUAGCUAGCCAGCUAGCUAUGGUUAGUUAUCGGUCGCCGAUCAACAUUAACGAUCUGUCUGCAUAUAGCUACAGGUCCUAAUAGUUUUUCGUUAGCGAUCGACUCCUGAGCUAUUUUAUUUAAUAUUGUAAUGAUCGCGGGAUUUCGCGUGGAGGUUGGUUACGAGCUAAACCAGGAUCGCGUGAUGCUGUUGGGCUCAUUGAUUCUGCUGGCGCGCUAGGACUUCUGCUACAGUUCACGUUAUUUAGCCAGUUGGCCACCCGGUGGCAUUAUGCAAUUAUGUAGGUACAUAUAGCAUUUCAUUGCUAUUAACUUUUUACCAAUCAGUAGAACUACACUGAUACAAUCUUUUUGAAAUCGUGUUCAUUUCUAAGCAAAUUUACUAACAGUAACAUAUCAAGAUGGAUAAAAAGUCUUUUGACAUCGUGCUGGACGAAAUAAGAAAGUGCGUUCUGACAGAUCAGAGAAUCAGGGCCAUAGAGCUGGUGCACGGCUAUUUCUCCAGCGAGCAGGUGACGGAGAUGCUGAAAUACUUCUCCUAUGCAGAGCCGCAGAUAAAGGCCGUGAAAGCUAUGCAACAUAAAAUGGUUGCCAUUCCAACAACUAAGGUGGUGAACAUACUCAACUGUUUUACAUUUUCAAAGGAUAAGAUCAUUGUUCUGGAGUUAAUUGCUCUGAAUAUAUCUGACGCUCAGAAUUACCGACCGGUGGAGGACCUCUUCCGCUUCCACCUGUAUGAGAAAAAACGCUGCCGUAGGAUUUUGGAGCAGGUGUGCAAAGUGGGUUGCAAAGCGCCGGUGGCCAUGAUCUCGUCCUGUGGGAUGAUACCGGGAAACCCGUACCCAAAGGGCAGGCCGAGUCAGGUGACCGGAACCUUCCCCGGGAUGCCGGCGCGGAAGGAGGGGGAGGAGUUGGGCACCGACGGUAAAGGCAUCGCAGCCCGGAUCCUGGGACCUUUCAAACCGUCUCCCUCCACCUACAACCCCCACAGGCCCGUGCCGUAUCCAAUCCCGCCGUGCCGACCCCACGCCACCAUCGCUCCAAGUAGGAGCAACAACGUGGGCUUGAUGCCUGUCGGAGGGGUCAUCACUGCCACGGUGCCCCCCCCUCCGUACAGCGCCACACCAAACGCCGCAGCUUUCUCCCGACCAGCCAAUCAGCAGAACAGCACCCCUGGCACGCCAACUCCAUCCUCCCACGGCUCCAACCCCCCAACUCCGUCCACGCCACACCCUCCCAAUCCUCCGUCCUCCCAGGCUCCGCCCACGACCCCCAUCACGCCCGUGUUCCCAGGUCUUGUGCCCUCGCAGAACACGGCGGCCGCUUCUCCCUCCCCCACCUCCUCCUCAGUCAUCAAAGGCCCGCCCCUGUCUGCAGGCUCCGCCCACAUCGCACCCUCCCCUCCCAGUGGCCACUCCACCCCCGUCCACCAGUCGUUCCCGGGAAUCUCCCCCUCCGUCACCCCGACGCCCUCGGUGAUUAAGUCCCACACGCCGUCAGCCACCCCUUGUGGAACGCCAGUGCCCAGCGGCGGCUAUUCCCCAUCUCCCUUUGGUGGCAUGUCCCGCUCAGGAACCCCGUCGUCCAUGCCGACCCCUACCUCAAGGAGCUCUGUUGACCCCUCCCCCUCUCCAGUAGCAUCUGUUGGAUUACCCCCUUAUAAGGGUUAUCCCCCCACCGAGGUGCAGUCAGGCUCCCCUUUCGCAGGGCUGCCCUCCCUAGUCACAAACUCCGCCCAGUCGGUCAUCCGCAGUUACACGCCCUCCGCCCCCUCGGCACGAACCCCCACCCCCAGCCAGCCCCCGACCCCAGGCCGCUCCACCCCUGGCCUGCCUGCUUUCUCUACCUUGCCUCCCGGUCCAGCCUCUGCUGCCCCCAGCCCCAAGCCCUCGGGUGUAACUCCCCAGGCCGCUAAUCCGGCCUCCUUCUACGGCGAGCAGCAUUUGAGUGCCCUGCCCCCUCAUGCCGGCGGCGGCGGAAGCGGCAGCAACAGCCCCGUGCCCUCAGCCUUCAAGGGCCCCUCUCGCUCGGGCACGCCCUCCCUCGGCUCGCUGGUGCCCAACUCGGCCGCCGUGGUGCGCUCGCUGAACAUGAGCCGCUCAGACGGCUCCCCUCAGACCUCCCUGCCCAGCCCGGUGGCUAUGGCGGGCCUGCAGGGCCUCACGGCCGCCCUGGCCUCCCAGCCCGCGGGCAGCCCUGCUCCACACUCCCUGGCAGUGCCCGCCUUCCCCGGCCUAAGCCCGUUCUCCUCCUCUCCGUUCUCAGGCACCCCUCCAUGCUCAGCCCCUUCCUCCUCCUCCUCCUCUGCUCCUGCUGCCUCGGCAGCAGCAUCUCCUCCUUCGCCUUACGCGGGCCUCCCUCACUCCUCCGCUCCCACCCCAACCCCCUUUGGCCUGGGCCUCACCACGGCCCCCUCCAUAUUCCCAGGCCCCAACCCUGGCUUCCCAGGGUUUGGGAACUCUGGCCCUCAGGCCGCCGGUAGCCCCGUGCUCUCCCCAUUCAUGGGGCUGCCUGGAUCCGUCUCGUCCGUGGCCACGGUGGCCCCCCUGCCAGCUGCUGCUGUAGCCGGGGUCCCAUCUUCCACCCCGGUGCUGCCCCGAUUUGCUUCGGCCUUCAGCUCCAACUUUAACCCUGCGCUAGUGCCCCCUACUGGGUUGACUGGUGGCCUCCAGACUCCAGGGGGCGCUGCAGCCUUCCCAGGGUUACUGUCUUUCCCUGCUGUGCCAGGCUUCUCCCCCAGCACCUCCCCGGCGGCCCUCUCGGGGCUGCACAAUCCCGCCGUGCAGUCUGCCCUGCUGCAGGCCCACUCGGCAUCUGCCUUGGAGAGCUUCCCAUCACAGCCCAACGGCUUCACCAAUUACCCACCUGCCCCUGGCCCCCCCUUCCCCCUCCAGCCAGGGAUCCAUCCGCAGCUAGGGUGGCAAUAAAUCUGGGCAGUUAAGCUCCUGGUUUAGAUGUGUGAUUGUGAUUUCAGACCCCUUGGACUGAUCUGAGAAUCUCCUGCCAGAGGAACACUUUUUGUGUGUGUGUGUGUGUGUGUGUGUGUGUGUGUGUGUGUGUGUGUGUGUGUGUGUGUGGACAGAGAGAACGAGAAGGAGGUAUAGAUUCUGCUAUUCACAUCAUCAGACUGUUCGUACUGCAUUUACGUUUAACAACAGGAAAGAGCUGUUGAAUUAUUAAGUCGAAUGGCCCUUUUUAACUACCAUUAAGAUGAAAACAUAAUUGUAAUGUAAUGGACACAGUGACGGGUAUUUAAAGAAGUCAUGCAGUUGAGGGUUUUUUUUUUAAAAAAAGAAAAGAAUUAAAGUUUGACACCCCAGAUGCAUACAGUGAGGUAUGCACAGGAAAUGGGCAGAGGCAGUGGCAUGAUAUGUUAGCAUAAUGUUACAAAACUGAAUAGGCUAUACUGUGAGUACAUUUUCAGGGCAAUACUAUAUUUUAGUAUUAUUUUAAAAUAGAAGUAGCUUUCCCAAAAAACGUGAAUAUGAACUCGUUUCACCGUAAACGGUUUACCUAGACUUUUUUCUUUUGUUUUGCAUUCUCUCUCUACCAUCCCUUUUGGGGGGGGGGGGGGUUUCACGUUUUUGUUAGUUCCAUGUGGCGUCAUUUUUGUUAUCGUUCUUUUUUACCUUUCAUCACUGCAUAAACACCCCUGCACUGGACUCUCACGCCAGCUGUACACAGGGCAUCGCGCUGUGUUUGCGUGUCGGGGACUUUCACGCCGUCUGGGUGAGACUGGUGUCACCUUUCUUACUAAACCUCCAGCUACAUUAAUGUCCAACAUGACUAUGUACUGUACAGUGCGUUGACUCUGAUCUGUAUCUGUUUUUUACUGGAAAUUUACAAUGAACAUGACUGUACAAAUAUACUUGCGGUUUACGGUUAGAUUUUAAAAGAAUUUGUAACACUUUACAGUGAAGGCACAGUAACUGUAUUGAAUUUUACUCUCAUGGUCUGAUAAAUUAAAGCUUUCUUGCAGUGUU